AAAUCAGAUUCACGCGCCGUUGGAAGAGCACAUGAGCGCCCUCUUCUUUUGAAAUCCUCCGUCUCUCUCUCUAUCUCUCGCGACCUUCUGAACCCUCGUACGAUUAUGGUGCAUUCAGAACCUCCAAGCGCGGAUAUGCAAUUAUAUCAAGUAAACAAUGCUUCGAGAAAACCUCGGAUUCUACUUGCUGCAAGUGGAAGUGUGGCCGCAAUAAAAUUUGCUAAUCUUUGCCAUUGUUUUUCUGAAUGGGCAGAAGUCAAAGCAGUAGCUACCAAGGCAUCACUCCAUUUUGUAGAUAGAGUGUCGGUCCCGAAAGAUGUCACUCUUUAUACUGAUGAGGAUGAAUGGUCUAGUUGGAAUAAAAUAGGUGAUAGUGUCCUCCACAUUGAGCUUCGAAAAUGGGCUGAUAUUAUGGUCAUUGCACCUUUGUCAGCAAACACACUUGGAAAGAUUGCUGGGGGAUUGUGUGACAACUUGCUGACCUGCAUCGUCCGGGCAUGGGACUAUACUAAACCCAUGUUUGUGGCACCAGCCAUGAAUACCUUCAUGUGGACCAACCCUUUUACGGAACGUCAUCUCAUGGUGAUUGAUGAUCUAGGAAUUUCUCUUAUCCCACCAGUGACGAAGAGGCUAGCCUGUGGAGAUUAUGGGAAUGGUGCAAUGGCUGAGCCUUCUCUCAUAUAUUCAACAGUAAGACUUUUCUUUGAGAAUCGGGAACAGUCGAGCAGUGGCAAUAUUUAGUUAUGAUCUAUUCCGUGCUUCAUUUGUAGAAAUGAAAAAUUGUUGUAUCUAAAGUUCCUGGGCUCGUAUAAUUGAUGAACAAUAUAAUGUAUCAAAAGAGUUUGUGGUCA